AGACACCCGGAUGUGCAAUACUUCGUUUGCAUGGAACUCAUGCUCUAGUCUGCCUAUUGUUGAGGUGCCUACUUGCCAGUAGGGGUGAUCAGCACUUUUUGGCAUGUAGUAACAGCCCUCCUUCCUUCCUUUCCACCCCCUUCUUUCCUCUGACGCCUGUAGCCGAACUUGAAGCAGAAGUGCGGGCUGCGAGUUGCAUACUCCCAGGCAUGAGUGCUGUUUAGGCGAUGACCGUUGUGACGGCGCCAUGAACCCAGAGGAGCAGACCGUAACGUGGUUAAUAUCGCUGGGGGUGCUCAGCUCACCCAAGAAAAACGUCGCCGAUCCGGGGGAGUUCUUGAAAACCUCCCUGAAGGAUGGCCUCGUCCUGUGCAAGCUGGUGGAGCGACUUGUGCCUGCCUUCACUGCCAAGUACUGCCCGGAUCCCCGAACCGAAGCUGACUGCAUAGGCAACAUUCGAGAGUUUUUAAGAGGAUGUUUGUCCUUGAAAGUGGAGGGGUUUGAGCCUGAGUGUUUGUACAGCGGAGAGAAUUUUGGCAAAGUCCUGACCACUUUGGUGGCUGUCAACUUCGCCACCCAAGACAGUGCUGCAGAGAGGUCAUGUCAACAACCCGGCACCCAAUCUCUUAGUCAGUCCUUGCACACGACCUCCUCUGCCAAAUCCAAAGGCUCUCUGCGGCGGCAGUCCAAACCAGUGGAGAUGUCUGAGAACGGCGGGGGCGGUGGUGUUGGGGGUAGUGGCGGCCAGCUGGUGGUGAAGGCCCGCUUCAACUUCAAGCAGAACAACGAGGAUGAGCUAUCCUUCAACAAAGGGGACGUCAUCGCUGUGACGCGGCAGGAAGAAGGCGGAUGGUGGGAGGGUACUCUCAGUGGGAAGACGGGCUGGUUCCCCAGCAACUACGUGCGUGAGGUCAAGUCCUGCGACAAACCAGUGUCUCCUAAAGGAACCCAGCUGACCAAAAGCUACUACAGCGUGGUGGUACAGGACAUCUUGGAACACGAGCGAGAGUUCGUCAAAGAGCUGCAAACGCUGCUGAGUUGUUACCUGCGACCGUUACACACCAGUGACAAGCUGAGCAGUGCAGACAGCGCCACCUUGUGUGGAAACCUGGAGGAGAUACUCACCUUCCAGCAGGGCUUGUGUGCCUCAUUGGAGGAAUGUGCAAAAGUACCAGAGGGUCAACAGCGUCUGGCGGGAUGCUACUUGAAUGUGAUGUGUCAGAUCAAGUCUCUCUACUUGUCCUACUGCUGCAGCCACCCUUCGGCCGUCUGCAUCCUCACUGACCACAGCGAGGACCUUGACAAGUUCAUGGAGAUCCAAGGAGCCAGCGCCCCAGGCAUCCUUACGCUGACCACCAGCCUCAGCAAGCCCUUCAUCAGGCUGGACAAGUACCCCACCCUGCUGCAGGAGCUGGAGAGACAUGUGGAGGAAGCUCACCCGGACUUCCUUGACAUUGUAAAGGCCACGGCAGCAUUCAGGAGCUUAGUGAUGCAGAGCCAGGACCUGCGAAAGCGCAAGAACCUGGAGCUCCAAAUUUUGUCAGAACCGGUCCGCGACUGGGACGGGGACAGUAUGAAGAGCCUGGGUCAUGUGGUCUACAUGUCCCAGGUCCACGUGAGGAAUGGCUCCAGCAAGGAUAAAGAUGAGCGCUACUUGAUGCUUUUCCCCAAUGUUCUAGUAAUGCUGUCCACCAGUCCACGGAUGAGUGGCUUCAUUUAUCAGGGAAGGCUGCUGCUGACGGGCACCACAGUGACGAGACAUGCAGAGGAUGCAGACAGUGCACACUUUGCAUUUGACAUCACAGGAAGCAUGAUGGAGCGCAUCACAGUGUUCUGCAGCAGCGCCGCAGAGCUGCAGGAGUGGCUCGAGCACCUGCAACCAUUUAGCAAAGGAGGCAGCCCAGCGGGCACCAUCUUAAAGAAUGUAGAGGGCAAGUCAGUGAGCAUGGUGGGUGCCCCUACCCAUAUGUCUCACCUUGGCAGUCUGGGUGGCCUCAGCCGUGGGCCCCUGGAGCCGCCAAAGAUCAGCAAGCCCUGGUCGCUCAGCUGCCUGCGCCCAGCACCGCCCCUCAAACCCUCAGCUGCACUGGGCUACAAAGAGAGGAUGUCUUAUAUCAUGAAGGACUCCAGCAAGAGCCCACGGCCCAUGAAGAAGUUCCUGCCUGGAAACAGGAAGAAAGAGAGGAAGCCAUCUGAUGAUGAGGUUCACACCAGGAAAAGCACGGUGGCUCUGGAGGAGGAUGCUCAGAUCCUGAGAGUGAUUGAGGCCUACUGCACAGGAGCCAGCCUGCACUCCACUAGCACAGCAGUGCGUAAAGAGUGUGUGCCUCAGGUGCUCCUUCCAGAGGAGGAGAAGAUCAUUGUGGAGGAGAUGAAGAGCAACGGGCAGACUGUCAUUGAGGAGAAGAGUUUGGUGGACGCGGUUUAUGCUUUAAAAGAUGAAGUUCACGAACUCAAAAAGGAGAACCAAUGGAUGAAACAUUUCCUGGAGGAGGAGCAGAAGUCUCGCAAAGAGCUGGAGAAGGUGGUCCGCAAACUAGCCAAGCAGAAGAACGACUGCACGUGGGAUGAUGGGGUUGGUCAUUGAACACACACACACACACACUUGAAAUGCAUAUGGACAUGAUUCUAGCAUGUCCUUACAUAUGUCCCAUGUUAUUAAUAUAAGCAUAAUGGUAGCUGUCCAAUGGAAAGCAUGCAUACUUUCCAGCUGGACAGUUUUACUUGCUUGUGAUUGGACGCUAUGUCAUCACCAGAACGUCCACUUGCAUUUUUAAGCUUAAAAGCAGGACGCUAUGGAGUUCUGUUACCAUGGCAACUAUUUCUACACUCUUAGCGUCAUUUUUUUUUUGCUGCCAGGACCCUCAUAAUGGGAAUAAUAAUCAGCUUUCAUAGUGUUUAGCUUUUCAAUUCAUAUCAAAAGCAGCAAGAAUGUUCCUUAAGAGGGGUGUGCAACCUGUGGCACAUUGGGGCUUUUUGGCUGGACCACUAUGCAAUUGUAAUAAGACAUGCUCACAAUGUAUAAUAGGAAACAUUUGAUUUCAUUGUUUCAUUGAGAUACAUUAUAACCAAGAGAAAAAUAAUGCUUCUUACUUACUGGAAAAAUCAAUAUUCAAUAAUUAUAACAUAUAUACUAUAAUGAUUUUUGGAUUUUUUAUGCAUUAUUUAUUUAUUGUUUAUCCAUUUGUUUGUGCUCACUCUGUGGGAGGUGCAAAGAACCACAGGAAAUAUUCUUAAGUAGGAUUGGAGGUGGUGCAAAGGUAAUAUUAUGAAUGGUUAGCUUCAAUAUGUAGCUUUUAGCAGAUGCAACCUUGAGGUCUUCCAUGGAGGAUAAAAGAGGGGGUGUGUAAUAAAGCCUAAAAGGUGCCUGCAGAUGAGCUUUUUCAGAGCAGUGCAUGUUUUCAGUGAUAGUCCAAGGAUGCAAUAAUUGACCUUCUCACUGCUGUGCAUGACUUGUUAUACUGCACAGCACAUCGUAAGAGAGCAGUGCAAAUACACCUGCUAACAAAGGUUGUAUGCACUUGUACCGUGCACGUGCAAACUUGCAGCUAAUAAGAAUAAUAAUUGUGGGUACGAGGCAGCAUGUUUUCAGGUGUAAAGGCAAUCUUACUUCCUGUGUAAAUACUUUCUUAAUACCCUACAGCCUCACUGAGCACUUGUCUUCAUCUCCACCUAUUCUUUGAAAAAUUCUAUGCAAUUAUGAUUAUUAUUAUUAUUAUUGUUUUUUUUUUUUUCUAAGCACUCUGUACUUUACUGUGUCAUUCUUUUAUUAAAAAUUUCCUAUUCUAAACCGA